GCCAAAAUCAAAAAGCUUUAAUUUUGUGAUGAAUGGACAGUAUUUAGACAACAAUUUCUAUAACAAUGUCUAAAAGAUUUAUAUUUCCCCAACAAAACGGGGAAAGGAAAAAAGCAAAACUUGAUUUUUCAAUUUCCGAUCACAACUUCCCUUUGAGUCAGAACUCUGGGCCUAGCAAAGAAUCCAAUCAAGCAGACACUUGGGGUGACGAUAAUGAUGAUGAAAUCCUUCUACUGGCUAGCCAAGCUUGUGAACAAGCGUGCAACGACGAUACUAGUAUAUUACCUGACUAUUCAUUAUGUAUGCAACCGGCUACCACAAGCACUCAGUUUGACCCAGGCCCCAGUACGUCUAAAGCCUCAUUUAUGUUCAAGAAACCCAGUGCAGUCCCUUCUAAUAUUGUAUCAACAAACUUAAAAGAUAAACUUAGUAGGAUAUCAUCUCCACUACCAGGUAUAUCAUCGAAAGUAACAACCAAAGUAACUGAAGUGAACAUAUCUGAUGAUCUAAUAUUCAAUGAUAAGGUGUACAAAGGCGAUGCCGAUUAUGUUUAUAAACAACUGCUGCAAUUUCAAGAGGAGAAUGCCAAAUUAAAGUCAGAAAAUGGAAAAUUAUUGGAAAAAUGUGUUACUAAGGAAGGAGAAGCAUCAAUACUUCGCACUCAGCUAAAAACAUGCCAAGCGACAGUAGACAAUGCUCGUUUAGAGCGCAUCAAAGCGCAGGAAAAAGCACAGAUGGAGUGGAUGGAGAAGCUGACUGCUUCUAAUGGACAAGUGCAUGAUUUGAGGACACAGCUCGACUUUAAGAACCUGGAAAUAAUCAGCAUAAAGGAAAAGUGCAGGAUGCUGGAGUCAAACAAGAUCAAACUUACGCAAGUGACAGUUGCAAAUAAUGACAUAUCUUCCAGUCACAAAAACUUGAGUGUUAACGAAUCCCUGGCACCGCUAACGAAACGUGUGAAGACAACCUCGAUUGCUGCACAGACUGAAGACAAAGCUCACUUUAUAAAGCUUAACAUGAGCUUCAGAUUAGAACAAUCACAACUAUCCUCAAUAUUCCAAGUUCUCCUACAGCCAACAACAGAACACGACUCCCUUUUAGAAUACAAUGAAAAGCUUCAAAAGCAGACGGACCUAUCUCGGCAUAAAUGUCGCAUAUACAGUACAUUCCACCGAGUUCCCUCGACUCCUGUGGCGUGGAGGGAUGUCAACUGCAAAGUGGAUUUGAAAGAAGUUUAUGAGGAAUUGACAUUUAUUGUCGAUGGAGCGGAUACAACUAGAAAGAGAUUUUCCAAAGUGAUAACAUCAAUAAAAACUGUCCUGCGAGGCGUACAGAGUGAUCUACAAGCGAUAUCCCAGAAGAUGACGACGGCUUUCCAGAAGGAAAUGGACGAGAAGUACAUCGAUACGACUAACACUUAUCACGUUAUAGAAGAGCGAGACUUGAUAAGUGGCAAAGCAUUAUACAAAGAAGAACAAUCUAUCCUCGCCCGACGCAUGGUCGCCAUCUUGCCGUAUCUCCUACCCCACGCGAAUAUGGACGCGAGGACGUUCAGGAGGUUGGACGAGGACACCGGCGGUGAGAGCCGGCGCCACUUGGUGGACAUUUUGAACUCGAUUUGUGAAUUGUUGGAUAGUACGUCAUGCGCUAUCCAUUACAGCGGCCUCCUUCUAGCAAUAACACCCUGUAUCUCUCACUUACAACAAUACUCAAACAAAUCAACUACCUUAGAAAUCAUCAAAUACCUAAUUUCAUCAAGGCCGCUCUUACCCGUGGCAUGUGCAGUAUUGGUAUUGAUAAGAAACGUAGAUGCUGAAAUUGUGAAUGAGCUUUGCCCACGAGUCAGUGGGGGGAACCUUAAAUUGGACUACGAUCAGGGCGUUUUAUUAUAUAAGAAAGACUCGUGUUACAUACAAGUAUUGUUAAAGCAAAUCGAGGCAGCACUGAAAUGCAUCGAGAAGCAAAACCUAAGACAGCACGGCGUCAUGGUGGCGCAGAACCUUGUCGAGUUUUAUUCGAGUUUCAGGGAUAACAGGGAUUUUAAUCAAGAAAAAGUUAAAUGUGACUGCCAAUUGGUAUUGAUGCAAGUUCUCGUAUACGCUCUAAGGAUAUGUGCGGCUAUGUUGGACGAGCUAAAACGAAAAACUCCAGAAGAAUCCGGUGCAACAGAGCUGCUAGCUGUAUGCCGCGGCGGCACGCAAAUCCUGUACAACAGCGCGCUACGCGACGUCGAGUUCAGCUCCCAGCUGGGUUACAACGAAGGGCAUCUGAUUGAGUUCUGCGAAACGCUUAAAACUUGGGAAUGCAGCGGAAAUUACAGCAACAUGCUGUCAGAAAUAUCAGCAACAUUCCAGUCGUCUCCGGAGGAUAUGACGUCAUCGUUCAACAAGCAGCCCUGGCUCCAAAGCUUCGACAACUUCUCUAUUGUUGACUAGAUUGUUUAAACAGUAUAAAAAGCUGAUUAAUCAGGGAUGAAUUAUCGACACCAGUAGAUUGGUAAGAUCGCGCGAGGACAGCUGAUAUUGGCGAAAUAUUACCGUCUAUGUAAUAGUUGAUCUGCCUUGAGAGUCGAUACUGCCUCAGCUAGAAUUCAAAUUUUUCCCGUACU